AUGCAGCUUACAACCCUAUUCACUGUCUGCAUGGCUAACCUGACCAGCACCGCCGCUGCAAUGCCUCGUCUCUCCGGGGCGUACCACGGUGCCCGCAUCUUUAUCCGUGUCCCUGCCAAUGCAUAA